GAUACCAUACCGCUUCUCCCCACUCACUCACUUCUGGCUCUUGUCCUCUCUCCGCUCUAGGGCCGCCUUACGCUCUCAUCCUGGUUUCUUUGGCAUCAUCUCAUCUCAGCUCUCCCUCUCUCUUUCUCCUCUUUUUUUUUUUUUUACCCGCCCCCCUCUCCGUCUUCUUCCUUCCUACCCUUCCUAUACUCAACUUCCACGACCAAACCCUUUUGCCAUGGGUCUUGGUUACUCCAGAGUUUCGUUUGCUAAUCUAUAUGCAAACUUCCUUUCAAACUCCUCUUUGUCCUCCAUUGCUUGAUCUAUGGCGUGUUGCUCUGACUCGUCCUCCCGUGUAUUCGGCCGCUGACCUGCAGCUCUCACGCUGCUACCCGUCCUUUCUCCCGGACACCCUCCUAACGCCUCUCAAUUCCUCUUCUCCUUUCGCUGCUCGACCGUAUCCUAUCCUCCAUUCCCUCGUCUGGGUGUUAUUGCCUCUCCUACUACUUUACCGCGACCUCAUGCCGGCUCUUGAGGUGCCAGAGUCCGGGUUGUCUCUCCAUAGAGACAACCCCGAUAGCGAUUCCACGGUUAAACAAACGCAGAUCAUGCGGUUGAACCUAGCUCAGAAUACCCUCGACGAACUGAUUCAAGCUCUACGGACCGACCAAACAGCUAGGAUCCGCCUAGGGAAACACCCGACUCUCUACUACGGAUCCAAAUCGCAAUCGUUCUACUCUCGUCCCGAAACUCACCGAUCCGAGAUAUAUAGCAGCAGCUCCAAUGACAAAGAAAAUCUAUAUUUUACUGGGGUCUUGAGCCAUAGCUUGGAGGUCCAGAAAGCUAAGGAGGCUACUGCGGCCACAGACCAAGCAUUGGCCAAUCUUGAACAGAGCCUGAACGCUUUUGAGAGGGGAAAAGAAUCGAAGAAGACAGCCAUAAUCACUAGCAUUGAUGAUUUGAAAGCUCUUCGAGCGGGCGACAAGAGGCAGGCCGCUCUUUUAGCUCGCAAGACGAGUAAGGCGGAGCUGGAGAAGGACCGGUUGCUGAAAAAUGCAGCCAAUCGCUCGGUAUCCUCUAGCCCGGCUCUGGGCGUCUCUCGGUCUCCUACCUCCGUGCCUCCACUUACGCCUACCUCCGCACCGCUCUUCCAAAACAAAGACCGCAUACGUCUCGAAGCUUUGAAGGUUCCCUUCAUCCAUCUUCUUGCCGUCCGUGCCGUAUCCACCAAGUUUCUUGCUCGCCAGACUCGCUCUUCGAUCGAAGACUGCACGGCUUUGGCCCAGAAAUAUGGUGUUGAAAACCGUAUCAACCCGGAGAAGUUCGAUCUCAGGGACAAAGCAUACAGAGAGUUGGAUGUAUGGAAUUUCCCUUAUCCGUCCCUGGAGGAGCGGCAGGAAGCCAUUGAGAAUGCUAUUUCAGCAUUUGAUCGCAUGCGGAUUUCCCGCUCCGACAAGCUAUGGCAGAUGCUUCUUCCAAAGGAAGAACGAGGGAAGGGAAAGUGUCUGUCACGGUUGAACUUGCGGACCGGCCCUAUCAAGAAGCCUCUGACCCCUCGGAUACAAGUACAAAACCCCGAUGAUAACGGCAAAGAGGGUGACACAACUGGCCCGGAAACUGACAGGGCCAGUGUAAAUGGCUUGACCCCCAAGACACAGCCAACAUCAGCUCCCCGGUCGGGUACGAACACACAAAAGAAGCGUAUCAGCGACUCCGCAGCGAAGCGGUCUACUGCGAAGGGCAAGACUGCCACAAACAGUACAUUGACCGGGCGCGUCACUAAGAAGCCCGAAAGGAAGCCGGUGCCAAAGCCGGAUGGCAAGUUCAAAUCAGCAGAGUACGUCCAUGAUUCGGACGAAGAUGACACGGACUUGCCAGAUGUGUCUGCGUCGGAACAACCUCUCCCAGAGAAGACCAAGCCACAGCCUAAAGCGCCGCCCAAACAGGCCGAGACGCCUACCCCUCGAGAGUCCUCUCAUGUGCCAACACCCAAGGUUGACCCUCCGGAGCGUCUUCCUUCUAAAGCUGAACCGUCGUCUCCAAAUCCUCCGAAGCCCACCACGUCGUCAAAGAGAUUACCGUCCUCCCGGCCUCCAGCUCAGAAAUCUCCUCAGAAGCCAUCCCCGCUUGGCUCGUCGCCCCCAACCAAUGCUCCUGACCUACAGAGUCGCAGUCGCUCUUCGAGCCAGAACAAUUCCUCCAGCUCUUCGUCAUCGCCUUUGAUUACUCAAAUAUCCAAGCCAAACAAAGCUAUAGGUGCUCCCAUUAUGAGGAAGCAGGGCAAGACCAACGGCGUUAUCAAACCAACACCAGCUCUCAACCCGCUCAAGCGCAAGGCGGAAUUGGAGCGCCCUUCUGCAACCCCUGCCCAAGGACGUACUACAGGAGAUUUGGAGCACAAACGACGACGGGCAGUUAGCACCUCGAGUGGUAGUACGGGAAGUGCUUCACCGCCACUUAGCCGGGAGAUCCUUUUCCAACAGCUGCGAGAGAAGUCGCAGCGUUUUAAACACUACUAUGUCAAGUAUCGUUCGUUGCAUGAUAAUAUGGCAACACAUCCAGACCCACCGAGGGCGGAGCUGGAGAAGCUACGACGACAGCAUUUUCGACUACAGCAGAUGAAAGAGGAAAUUUGGGAUGAAGACAGGCGGCUUCGCGAAGGACUCUAAACGGCCUAUCCCGGGGAACUAUAUGAGAUUUGUUAUUAAUUUUCUGUGUGAGACAUUGCUAGAUCCGGGUUUUGAACAGAACGGAUACCCCGUUUACAUUCUUGGAUGUUUAUGUUAUUUCUCUUUUCUUUUCUUUUUACUUUCUGUAACGCAAAUAUUCUUGCAUGACGAAGCAGUUUGAGUUUGCUUCGGGGCGUUUAUCAUGGUCUGUUUUUAUAUCACACCCUCAUACCUGGUGACUGCAUUUUGCGUUUGUCUGUCAAUUAUCUUCCCAGUGUAGCAAAAACACAUGCAUGUAAUACAAUACAUAGAGAUCUGUCAUGAAGCAAGGAAUCACUAUAUCAUCUGCAAGGAGGCUCCCACACAGCCUCCAAAUGCAUUCCAACAUAUGAUCCGGCGGCGCUAAACUGUGCCAGUCCCUUUACACUCUCUCCCCACCCUCCCCAUCAGAGGCAAGAACCAUGACUUAGAUGUAUGUAGUUCGCGCAUUCCGUCGUUUGCCUGGUUUGAAAUCCUCCUCCCCGGAGAAAAUGUUAACCAGCCAGGGGAAACCCCCGCCCCUCUUGUGGCUGACAAGGCCCCUCUUACCUAGACAGCCAUUGAUACCCCUCCACGAAUGAGUUAGAGGGAUCAUCCAGGUAAAGACGGACAUUCUUGCGAUUAUCCGAGAGACGCUUUCGAACACCACCCUCUUCUUCCCAGAGAUUGAUUGGAUUUUCAAGAAGAGGUCGAUGGUGCUUUUCUUAC